AUGAUCUGGUGCAUUUUGGGUUUCCUAAUAGAAAUUCUUGGAGGAGUUGUCUACCCAGCCUUCAAAACAUUAAGUUUUGUGAACGAAACCAAGCAAGACUAUGACAAAGAUUUCAUGACCUGGACUUUCUAUUGGUUUGCUUUUGCAGUACUUCAGACAUUGGGAUGGUAUUUGGAUUCGACCUUAUAUAUCCUAAUUCACAAUAAUUAAUAAAAAAUGCCUUAUUAUUAAUGGUAAAUUAUUAUUAUUAUUAUUAUUAUUAAUAAAUAGUAUGCAAUUUUUAAGAUUUUAGUAAUCAUCCUAUUGGUUGCUCCAAAAGUAGGUGGAUCAAUACUCGUAUAUAACACUUUAAAGCAGUUUGGAGGCUCAUAUGUCGAAGUCGUCAGCGCAAAGAUCAGAGAAUUCACUCAGAAGAAACAAGAUUAA